UAAUUGUAAUACUUUAUAAAAAUGAGUGUUAAUCCGAAGAUCAUUGAAAUGAAGGAAUACCCUAGAGAUUUUGCAUACCAUCAUCACAGGAUCAACUCUGAAUCUUUUGAAGAAGAUGUAGAGGGAGAAGAUAGAUCAUAUGACUGAGAUGAAGCUAAAGAACCUCUCCUAGAUUUGGAGGGUGAUAAAGAAGAGAAGAAGGAGCAAGGAUGCUAUAAAAAGCUCCUCAAAUGCCUCGGAUUCGGACGUCCAAAACCCGAUAGACAUCUUCACUUAAAUGGAGUCACAGAGCCAGCGACAUUUGUGAACAACAAGAUUCGGAACCAAAAAUACCACAUUCUCACAUUUGUGCCAAUUGUGCUGAUUAACCAAUUUAAGUUCUUUUUCAACUUGUUCUUCUUGAUUAUUGCUGUUUCCCAAUUUGUGUCGUUCCUCAGAGUUGGGUUCUUGUUCACUUACGUUGCACCACUGGUCUUCGUGCUUCUCAUUACAAUGAUGAAGGAAGCCUGGGACGACAUUCAGAGAUACAGAAGAGAUAAGGAAAUCAAUGAGAAACAGUACGAGAAGUUGCAAGAAAAUGGAGAGUUUGGAUUCACUCGUAGCGAAAGAAUCAAGGUCGGUGAUAUGAUUAAAGUUAACCAGAACGAAAGAAUCCCAGCAGAUAUGGUUCUUUUGUAUACCACUGAGCAUGAGAAUUCAAAUAUUUUUAUUAGAACAGAUCAGCUAGAUGGAGAGACUGACUGGAAAUUAAGGAAAUCUAUCGGUUUUACCCAAGAAUUUCAUCAACAAGAGGGUAAUCUUAUGGAUAUGAGCGAGUCAAAGAUCAUCGCAGAACCUCCUAGUGCUCUCAUUUACAAUUUUAAAGGAAAGUUCUGUAAGGAUACAGACAAUGACACUGAGUUUGAUGAGAGACUAACCCUAGAAAACACUCUAUGGUCUAAUACAGUCCUUGCUUCAAGUGGGCAUAUUAUUGGAUUGGUGAUUUACACCGGAAAAGAGACAAGAGCUCAGAUGAAUUCCAAAAAUCCUAACUCAAAGAUUGGUUUGCUAGACUUAGAGCUGAACUUCUUGUCGAAGCUUCUAUUCGUGUUGAUGGUUUUAUUAGCAUUUACCAUAGUGAUAUCUAAUGGCUUCCAGUCAAACUGGUAUAUAUACUUGUUUAGAUUUGUCCUGCUACUCUCAAGUAUUAUCCCAAUCAGUCUGAGAGUGAAUCUGGAUAUGGCAAAAAUAUACUACUCUUGGGGCAUCUCUCGUGAUGAUGCGAUUGAAGGAACAAUUCCUAGGAACAGUACUAUCCCAGAAGAGCUAGGAAGGAUCCAGUAUCUCCUUAGUGAUAAGACAGGCACUUUGACCAAAAAUGAGAUGGACUUCAAGAAAUUGGCUACAGAGUUCUCUACAUUCACUGUUGAUGACAUUGGCGAUAUCAGAAACAUUAUUGAGAAGAACUGUAGAGAGGAAGAUUCUCCUGCAAAUGAUCUCUACCGGACUCUCUAUUCCUAUGAAAACGAGUCAAAUGUUCGUGACAGCAUGGCACCAGGAACUUCUAACUCCAUCAAAAGGAAGAAGAGAAGGGACUUGAACUACUCGAUCAGAGACUUAGUAACAGCUCUAGCAGUUUGCCAUAAUGUCACACCUGUACUUAACAACGAAGGGGAGCGUGAGCUGCAGGCUUCCUCACCUGACGAGGUUGCACUUGUAAAGUUUGUCGAAAUCUUAGGCUACUCUCUUGAGAAGAGGGAUCAAAGAGAAAUCGUCAUUAAGAACAAGAUAGACACUAUAGAGGAAUUUGAGAUCUUGGAAUGCUUCCCAUUCUCCAGUGAUACUAAGAGAAUGGGCAUCAUCGUCAGGUACAAGAAGAACGGUCUCAUCUUGUUCUUCUGUAAAGGAGCAGAGGUAGUCAUGAAGGACAGAGUCAAGCCUCAGCAGAGAUCAGAUCUUUUGGAAAAAUGAGAGAUUCUUGCAAUGGAAGGACUCAGAACUCUUGUUAUAGCCCAGAAAGUUAUGUCUCCUAAUGAGUAUGAAGUCUGGAACAAUGAGUAUAAAAAGGCACUCAAUGAUUAUGAUAGAGGAGAAAUCUUAGCUGAAAAGGUCAGAAACCAACUGGAAUCCAACCUUGAGUGCCUCGGAGUCACAGGUGUUGAGGACAAGCUCCAAGAUGAUGUCGAGAAGACCAUAGGAAGUUUGAGAGGAGCAGGUAUCCAAAUUUGGAUGCUGACUGGUGAUAAAGUAGAAACAGCAACAUGUAUUAGUAUCUCAACUGGGCUCAAGAGUCGUUCGCAACCUCAUUUCUUUAUGAAAGAGAUCGAUAAUCUUAACGAGGUUGAGUACAGACUGAAAGAACUAGAAAGGAAUGUAGAAAACUCAUGCUUUAUGAUCGAUGGAAGCACUCUUGAUGUCUGUAUGAGCAACAAGAAAACUGAGGAGACUUUCUUCGAUAUUGCCUGUAGAGCCCCAGUUGUAUGUGUCUGUAGAUGCUCUCCAACCCAGAAAGCCUUAAUCACUCAGAAAGUCAGGAAAUAUACAGGCAAAAGAGUAGCCUGUGUGGGAGAUGGAGGCAAUGAUGUUGGCAUGAUCCUUGAAUCUAAUGUUGGUAUCGGAAUUGUUGGUAAAGAAGGAAAACAAGCUUCCUUAGCAGGAGAUUUCUCAAUAAACCAGUUUUCUUUCUUAAAGAGACUCAUCUUAUGGCAUGGAAGACUCUCAUACAAAAGGUCUGCUCUCUUAUCGCAGUUUGUCAUACAUAGAGGUUUGAUCAUUUCUGUCAUGCAAGCAGUAUUCUCUCUAGUCUUUUACUAUGUAUCCAUUCCGAUAUACAAUGGAUACUUGAUGCUUGGAUAUGCGACUGUGUACACAUCAAUGCCUGUAUUCUCAAUAGUGCUUGAUAAGGAUACUGGAGUGCAGCAAGCUCUCGACUAUCCACCGCUAUACAAGACUUUGCAGAAGGGAAGAUCUCUGUCGUUAAAGACUUUCCUGAUCUGGGUCUGGAAGAGUAUUUUCCAAGGAGGUUUUAUUAUGUUUUGAUGCAUUGCCCUUUUCAACGACUCGUUUGCGAACCUGGUGACCAUCACUUUUAGUGCUUUAAUCAUUGUGGAGCUACUCAAUGUGUACUCAGUAGUGAAUAGGUUCAACUGGAAGAUGGCUGUAGCAAGUCUAUUAACCUUGGCUAUAUACAUAGUGACUAUCUAUACCUUCAGGGAGUACUUUAACACAAGUUAUAUUGAUGGCACAUUCUUAUGGAAGAUCUUUGCCCUGACCGUUGCUAGUUGGCUACCUCUCCAUUCGUUUAAGGUCAUUUAUGAAUGCAUUGAUCCCCCUGAACAGAAGAAAAUAUUGUCUGGAAGAGCAGAUCAAUAAUUGUUACUAGAACUUUGAAUGGU